CGAUUUUGCCCUUGGCUUUUGAUUCAAACGAAGGUCGGGUCUAAGUUUGUCGAGGAGUUUGUCAUAGUGAGGUUCGAUCCGAGAUAUUGGAUGCGGUUCAAUCGGAAGAAGCAACUUUAAUCGAAAGCGAAAUUUGAGGAUGGAUCUGUCCAUAAAGUCCAGAGUCUGGAUGGUUCGCAAGGUGCCCAAAAAGUUAAUCAAAUGGUGGGGCACGUUUAACUACGUCGAGCAACAGGGGUUGGUAAAGAAGUUAGGCACUCUCACUUCCCUCCUAGAUCUUACACCCCGCCCAGACCUGAUCGAGGCUAUAUUGACUUUUUGGGAUCCAAGAUGUUUGGUGUUUAGGUUUUGAAAUUGUGAAAUGACGCCUACUCUGGCAGAUAUAUGUGGUUCCUUUAAGUUGCCUUACAUUAAGAAAAUAAUGAUUUGGGCACAGACUAAUUCUCCCACAUGGUUUAUUCAUUGUUAUGGUUUAAAGGCCAAUAACCACUUGACGUGCCUUAACCAAUCUUGGGUCUCCUUUGAUUAUUUGUAUGCUUGGUUUGGGCCUUCAGGCAGUUUUGAUUGCUUUUGGGAUGAGUUUUAUACAACCAAGGAUAAUUGGGAGAAACUUCGUCUGGAAGUUUUCACUGUCGCCUUGUUAGGCAUUUUGGUCUUCCCAUUAGAAUAAACACGGGUUAAUACUCGCUUGCAGACUGUAGUGAUGGCCUUAUUUCAUAAAAAGCUAGGGGAAACAUUCACACUCGUACCAAUGAUCUUGGAGGAAAUAUAUAAAGCUUUAACCGAGGUGAAGGACGGGAUGAAAUCUUUGAUGGAAGCAACCUGAUAUUGCAAUUGUGGGUGAUGGAGCACUGCAUGAUCCUUCUUUGAUUAGGUUGGAUGUGAUUGAUCGUUGUAUGCCUGAGCGAGUGAACACCACGAAUCAGAGAAUGCUUUUUGAUAAGUUCUCGCUGCCGAUAGGGAUUGAUGCUUGGAUUGAAUUUCUUGAGUCAAGAACUGAAGACAAUAUUCUGUGGACCUAUCUCUGGUUUCGUCCAAAAAUAAUCUUGUGUGGUUGUCGGAUGCAAUCUCUUUUAGUCUUGUUAGGAAUCAAUUGCACCAGACCAUACUCUUAUUUUAGGGUAAUACGCCAGUUGGGUAGACUGCAGGACAUUCCACCGGUAAUGUACCUUCUGAAGGAUGUCGAGCAUUUUAAGGAUCAAGCCUUAGGGGAAAGUAAAUACGAAGAAUUCUAGAAUCACGCAAUAAAGCUAAGCGUGGAUACUCUUAAAGUAGGUCUGGAUAAUUCAGGGUACACUCAAAGAUAUGAGAUCUGGAUGCAAACCAUACCUCAGGGUAUUAGUAGGUCUUUGCCCUUGCAACUUAGAAGAAAAAUACAUGAACAAUGCAUUGUCGAUGAUAGUCAGGAUGAAAGUGCGGGGGUCAAAGUGGAGACACUGAGAGUUCAGUUAUCAGAUUUGCUCGAGACUAUAGAAAGGUGUCAGAACAAUCUCUCCAGGUGCACUCUCCAUGAGGUGGGGAUACGUGCUAGAAACUUCUUCCCAAAUAUCAAGGUGUCUUUUCAGGAUAUGCUACAGAGUUUGAAUGGGAGAAAGGGAACUUCACAGACAGGUCCAUCUCAGCCAGGGUCAUCCCACAGCACACCAAUAUGAAGGAGCAACUCUUAUCUUUUAUUUAGUUUGAGUCCUUUAUUUUUCUGUCCUUGUAUUGUUGUGCCUUUGUUCAGUCGGGGUCAAGUUUGUUUUAAACGUUAAGACUCUUUAUUAGGAUUAUUACGCAUGUUAUCUUAUGGGUCUAGAAUAUUGUUUAGUCUUUGUUGAUCAACUUUCUUAAACUCGAAGUUUGUUUUAAUUGUCUCUUUUAUGAAAUGUAGUAAAGUUGCGAAAUUGUUUCCUUUUGUGUGUUCUUUCUAAAAAAAAAAAAAACUUCAACUUUGUGGUGUUUAUGCAUGCAUUGCCCGAACUACGAAAGAUCUGAUUCAUAUACAACAUGAUACGUAGGCAACCUACUUUUGGGUUUGAUCUAAUCAUUUUGUUUCUUUGAUUUUCCCCAAUUUUACUCUUUUAAAGAAAAACAAAAAACAAAAGCCAUAAAGAAUGAUAAAAGGAAAUGAGAUUGCGAGAGCAGGAAAGAAAUAAAGAGCAAUAAGAGAAGAAAAGAGGAAGAGAAGAGACUGAUGCAAAAGAAGAGAGAAGUUAAGGUGAAAAGCAGAAAGAACGAGGUGUGAUAAUGUAAUGGGGAAAUCGGGAUGAUGUUAAAAUGAACCCAUUACCCUCAAAGGCCGGUAGAAAUGUGCAUAAACCCAGGAUGUAUACAAUGUGAUUUCUAUGCUUGUUGCCUGAUCUAAUCCUAACAGGUUUUGUCUUUGAUGAGCAUGUUCUUUCAGAUAAGUGGUUAGUUUGUAGCACUCUGGCUAGUCAUCCAUACUUCACUAGAUCAAAAUCGAAGCUUUCCAUGGCUAGUAGGGAGAUAGAAAAUUCACUCAUUGACCCAAAUCAGGAUCCCAGGGAAGAAAGUUCAGAACGUAAUAAUAAGGUAUUGAGACUUAGACAACAAUUGCUAGAUCUGCACCGAGAAUGGGCUAGUGGCAUGCCUACUCCCCCACUCCCUGAAGAUCUUGAGAAUAUCCCUAAUUUCCCACCACUCUCUGAGGCGUAAUUCUUUGUUCUCAUUGAGUCACCGGAGCACGCACCAGGAUUCACUCCACGGUAAUAUUACCAUAGCACUUCUAGUAUGCCCCUGGCAGUUCCUCAGCUAAGGCCCGUGACUCGGCCGGCGCCACCAGCAGCGCCUGUGUUCGUGGCUCCACCACCGCCCUAAGCUCCCACCUAUGCUGUGCAUCCGACAAUGGUACUUUCUCGGUCUGCCAGUGAACCAAUGUUCAAAAUUUUGGAGAAUCAGUAUUGAACCCCCGGAGCCCACUUUGAAGAUGAAUGAACCAUAUGGAUACACUCAGCCACCCGCAUUUCCAUUUAAUAUAGAGAAGCCUGCUGCAACAGAGAAACAAGAAGUCAUGGCGUGGAAGCUGAAGAGUUUAGAACAGGCCAUGAGGAAUUUGCAGGGAGUCGGAGGUUAUAAGAGUGUUGCCUAUAAAGAUCUUUGCAUGUUCCCAGACAUUAACCUCCCCCUUGGUUUUAAAAUGUCCAAGUUUGAGAAAUAUACAGGGCACAGUGAUCCUGUGGUGUAUUUGAGACGUUAUUGCAACCAAUUGAGGGUUGCGGGGGGAAGAGAAGAGUUGAUUAUAACUUUCUUUGGCGAGAGUCUUUCCAGUCUGGCUCCAGAAUGUUUCGUCGAUCAGGAUAUUGACAAUUGGAACAACUGGGAUGACCUAGCUAAUGAAUUUGUGCAACAUUUUUAAUAUAAUGUCGAUCUGGUUCCUGAUGAGAAAUCCUUGGUCAACAUGAAGAAGAAAAGUACUGAAGGCUUUCGGGAAUACGCGGUAAUAUGGCGUUAACGGGAUGCAAGGGUAAAACCUUCAAUGAUGGAGAGUAAGAUGGUAGAGGUCUUCAUUCAGGUAUAAGAUGAGACCUAUUUUCAACAUUUAGUUUCGGCAAUGGUAAAGUCUUUUAUUGAAGUCCUUAAAAUGGGAGAGAUGAUAGAGGAUGGAAUCAACACCAGCUGAAUAGUGAGUUUUGCCGCAUUGAAAUCUACCACACAAGCGAUUCGAGGUGGAUCUGGCGUAUUCGAAGGUAAAAAGAAGAAAGAGGAUAUGGCAACCAUUAUAGCUGGAAUCCAUUCCUAUCCCAAAAGACCGCCUCACCCCUACACCCAAUCCCAGGCUUAAGUCUACACCAAGCUCCAUAUAUCCCUCCCCACCAUUACUACCCUCCACAAAACCCAUUAUAUUCCAUUCCACCACCCCUGUACCCAGUAUAUAGCGCGCAGCCAUAUGCCCAAACCCCUUCUUACCCAUAAUGGCACACUCAAGCUCUACAAAAUCGUCCAUCAGCUCCACCAAAUUACUAAAACCCCUCCAGACCCAAUUUUCAACCCAGGCCCGAGUAUAAGAAAGAGAAGGCGAUCAAAAAUUAGUUCACACCUCUUGGAGAGUUAGAUGCUAGCUUGUUUGAUAGGUUAAGAAAGAUGAAGGUCUUAAGCCCAAUUCAAGAAAGGCUUUCAAAUCCACCUUCCAAAAAUCUUAAUUAUUCGUUAAGGUGUGAGUAUUGUUCUGACAUGUCGGGGCACGAUAUUGAGAAAUGCUGGCAUUUGAAGAGAGCUAUCCAAGAUUUAAUUAACAUAAAUCAAAUGCUGGUCUAGGCUCUGGAGGUUCCAAACAUUAACCAAAAUCUGUUGCCAACCCAUGCUGAAACCAAUAUGUUAGAAAUGAUAUAUGAUGAGAAAGAGUCAUCAAGGUUUUAUAAGCCUAUUGUCAGAAUACAGACCAAUAAGGAAAAAUCAGUAAAUAUGGUAGAUUUGUUGAAAGCAAUGUCAUUAAUCCAGGAAGGAAUGAGAAAAGUUAAAGUUCAAGAAAGUACAAAGAAACCCACGAUCACAGUGAAAGGAGUCGGAGCAGUCAAUGGUUUAAGUCAAGACAAGCCUAAGUUGACGGUGAUAGGAGCUCUGUGUAAGCCUAUAUUGACGGUUAAAGAAGCACUUACGGCCCCUAUUAUCAUCAAACCGAUGACUCAACCUCCAAUAGUUGAUAUGAAAAAGGUUCCCUGGAACUAUGAAUGGACUAUGAUGACCUAUCAGGGGAAGGAAGUAGUGAAUGAUGUAGAUGAGGUAGGGGGUUUGACUCGAUCAAAAAGAUCCUUCAUGCCUGAAAUUUUAAAGAAGUCUAAGACAAUUGCGAGUGGACCUUCAUCUAUUAAAAAUCCUAUCACCGAAGAAGAAGCCAAAGAAUUUUUGAACAAGAUGAGUUUGCCAGAGUAUUCAAUAAUAGAUCAGUUGAAGAAAACCCCUGCUCAAAUUUCCCUCUUAUCUUUGUUGUUACAUUCCAAGGAACAUCGUGAUAUUAUAUUGAAGGUAUUAAAUAAAGUAUAUGUUGCUAGGGAGAUUACAGUAAAUCAGCAUGAGAAAAUGGUUGGAAAAAUCUUUAAGGUUAAUUGGAUCAACUUCUCUGACGAUGAAUUGCCUGUUGAAGGUACGGGGCAUAACCGGGGUCUUUACAUUACAGUGAAAUACAAAAAUUUCUUCAUCACUCAUGUCAUGAUUGACGGAGGUUCAGGUGCAAAUAUAUAUCCUAUUUCUACUUUGGAAAAGUUGAAUAUUGAUGUUGAGAGGAUCAGGCCUAAUAAUGUAUGUGUCAGGGCUUUCGAUGGUGCAAAAUCAAACUCCAUUGGCAAAAUAGAACUAAUGUUGAUUAUAGGGCCGGUUGAGUUCGCCAUAGAGUUUCAAGUGCUGGAAAUACAAUCUAUUAUUGGGAAGAUCAUGGAUCUACAAGGCCAAGGUGGUUGCAUCUAUGUUACACCAAAUAAUCAAGUUUAAGCAUAACAGGCAAGAAGUGGUUAUUCAUGGUGAAGGGGAUUUGUCCGCCUACGAAGCUUCUCCCUUAUCCUUUAUUGAACCAAAUAAUGUAGAGGAGAUAUUUUUCUAUAAAACUUUUGAUACAGUGUCGGUGAAUCGUAUCGUUGAAGGGCAGGUUAUUCCAGGUCCAUAAUUGUCUCCCACUUCUAUCAUGAUGACAAAUGAAAUGUUAAAAUACGGAUUCGAGCCAGGAAGGGGUUUAGAUUGUAUCUGCACGGUAUGGUUCAUCCUAUAUGUCUGAAUGAGAACAUGGACACUUUUGGUUUGGGGUUUGAACCUACAGCUGAAGAUCUGAAGAAGGCCAAGGGAAGGAAAAAGAAAACAUGGUCACUCCCUCACCCAGUGCCCCUACUCAGUAAGUCAUUCAUCAAGGGCAGUGUCAUGGCACCUAUAGAGUUUGGAGCUGAAUUGGUUGAUGACUUCCAGAACCUGUUGAUCAAAGUUAACAUGGUUGAAGCAGGAGAAGGUACCAGUAAGGUAGACGUGCAAUUCAUAGGUCCAGCUGUUUGGCUCAACAAUUGGGAAGUCACUCCUCUCCCCAUCAGGAUGGAGUUUUGGUAGUUUGUUUUAUUUUUCUUUCUGUUUAUCCAAGUUAUUUUAGGGUUGUAAUUCGAAUUUUAGUUUGUUUUUAUUAUGUUGGCAUUUAUGUUUAAACCCUCCUAUCCUUCCUUUUAAUGAAAUGUAAUGUCUCUUUUGUUUCGUGUCUAAUAUAUUUUGUUUUUUUCUUUUUCUUUAUAUAGUUCUCUUUAUGCUGAUUCUAAUAACAUAAAAUGUAUGUGAAAUUUUCUGCCUGAUCUUAAAAUCUAAACUAAUCAACAUAUAAUGAAGCAAGAGGGGGAAUAUGAUGAAGAAGAGGCACUAGAGGAAAUAAGCAAAGAGUUCGAACAAUUUGAAGACACUCCGAAUCCUAAUUUGAAUGAAACUGAGUCAAUCAAUCUAGGGAAUCAAGAAGAUGUUAGGGAAAAUAAAAUCAGUGUACAUGCUUUUCCACA